CACGAAGAGGGGCGGCGCGCGCGAGGGAGCGCCAGGGCCAGGCCGCACUUACAGGUUGAUGGUGCGUUCCAGGGUGAGGGGCUUGGUCUGCUGGAUGUACUUGUUGCCGAACUGGUUGACCCCCCGGGGCCAGCCGGUUUGCGAGCGAUUGGGCGGCACCACAGACAUGCUGGCGAGCUCGAGUACUGGCGGCGAGAAGAAGCGGGGCGGGCAGGGAGACUUUCCCUGCGCCGGCAGCGGUUAUUUGCGUCCCCCUCAGCAGCCGCCACCGGCCAUUAACAGGAGAGCGCAAGAGGAGGCGAAGGCACGCCGGAAGUGCAUCCGGAGCCUCUGGCGGCAGGAAGUGGAGAGGCGGUGGCCUGCUUGCCUAAGCGCCACUGGGCCAAUCGCUGAUGAGAUGGCCGCAAUAUCUGGAGCUUCCAUUGAGGCCAUUGUCAUGGACAUGGAUCCCUUUCUUCACUGUGUGAUCCCCAACUUCAUCCAAAGCCAAAACUUUCUGGAAGGGCUUCAGAAGGAACUUUUGAACUUGGACUUCCAUGAAAAGUAUAAUGAUUUAUAUAAGUUCCAACAGUCUGAUGAUUUGAAGAAGAGACGAGAGCCUCACAUCUGUGCUUUAAGGAAAGUUCUGUUUGAGGAUUUCCGGACCUGGCUUGCUGACAUUUCCCAGAUUGACCUGGAAUCAACUAUUGACAUGUCCUGUGCUAAAUAUGAAUUCUCCGAUGCCCUCCUCUGCCAUGACGACGAGCUGGAAGGGCGCCGGAUAGCCUUCAUUCUGUACCUGGUUCCUCCCUGGGACAGGAGCUUGGGGGGCACCCUGGACCUGUAUGACGUUGAUGAACACUUUCAACCAAAGCAGAUUGUCAAGUCUCUCAUCCCUUCAUGGAACACAUUGGUUUUCUUUGAAGUGUCUCCAGUAUCCUUUCACCAGGUGUCUGAAGUCCUAUCUGAAGAAAAGUCACGUUUGUCUAUAAGUGGCUGGUUUCAUGGUCCUUCACUGACCCGACCUCCCAACUACUUUGAACCUCUCAUACCUCGGAGCCCUCACAUCCCACAAGAUCAUGAAAUUUUGUAUGAUUGGAUCAACCCUACUUAUCUGGACAUGGAUUACCAAGUUCAAAUUCAAGAAGAGUUUGAAGAAAGGUCUGAAAUUCUCCUCAAGGAGUUCCUUAAGCCUGAGAAAUUUGCGGAGGUCUGUGAGGCUUUGGAGAAAGGAGAUGUGAAAUGGAGCAGCCGAGGUCCCCCUAACAAAAGGUUUUAUGAGAAAGCUGAGGAGACCAAGCUCCCCGACAUUCUGAAGAACUGCAUGGAAUUAUUUCGCUCCGAGGCUCUGUUCUUGCUGCUGUCCAACUUCACAGGCCUCAAACUUCACUUCUUGGCCCCUUCAGAAGAAGAUGAGAUGGAGAACCAAAAAGAGGGAGAAGGAGCCUCUGCCACUGAUAACACUGAAGAAGGGACAAGCCACAGCUCCCCUGGGCCAGAAAGCAAGCAGACAGCCUUCCGCAGCUGCAGCCAGCAGAGCCAGGAACAGACAGACCCGGAGUCAGAGGAAAACGAAGCAAAGAAAGACUCAAGUGUUCCCACAUGCCAGGGGGAGCUGAGGCGUUGGAAGACCGGUCACUACACUUUGAUCCAUGACAACAGCAAGACUGAAUUUGCCCUGGACUUACUUCUCUACUGUGGCUGUGAAGGCUGGGAGCCAGAAUUUGGUGGUUUUACUUCCUACAUUGCCAAAGGUGAAGAUGAAGAGCUGCUAACAGUGAAUCCAGAAAACAACUCUUUGGCAUUGGUCUACAGAGACAGAGAGACUCUGAAAUUUGUCAAGCAUAUUAACCACCGAAGCCUCGAACAAAAGAAAGCUUUCCCAAAUAGAACCGGUUUCUGGGACUUUUCAUUUGUCUAUUAUGAAUGACAGGGCUGGGCAAAACUGAAAGAAAGAGACCCCUCCUCGGUACUGGGAAGUACGCAAAAGCCACGAGGUGACCCGUGUGAUGGUGUCCUUAGAAUCUGUGUGUGGUAGGACUCCUCAUCACUGUCCUCAAUCUAGACCUUGGGCUUGGAGCCAGGUAUUUCUCUCUUGAUUUAAAAAAAAAAAAAAAAAGGCUUUUUUUUCUUUUCUUUUCUUUUCUUUUCUUUCUUUUUUUUUAUGUUCACUUUUUUGUUUUCCAUAUGGGCUUCCUUAGUGAUUUUUUAAAAGUUUUUGUGUGUGGUAAAAUAUACAUGACAUAAAGUGUACCAUUUUAAGCAACUUUAAAUGUACACUUCAGUGACAUUGAAUACACUCAUGUGGUUGUGCACCUGUCAUCACCAUCCACCUCCAGAACGUUUCCAUCUUCCUGGACUGGAGCUCUGUCCCCAUUAAAGACUAACUCCCCACCCCCAGCCCCUGGAAGCCCCCAGCCCUAUUCCACUUUCUGGCGCUCUCGGUUCAUAGAAGUGGAACAAUACAAUAUUUGUCCUUCUGCAACUGGCUUAUUUCACCUAGCAUAAAGACUUCAAGGUUCA